AUGGAGCUCCAACGCAAAGAAUACCCGGCAUUGCUGACAUCGCUGUCGCCCGCCCAGGCCGUGACGGUCCUCGACACCCGCAUGAGACAUGUCGGCCAGCUCAACACCCACAUUGCCGACUGGCUGCAGGAACGCCGUCGCGUCGAAGAACAAUACGUCACCGGCCUGCGCAAGCUCGCAAACAGACAUCCUCCCGAUGAGUCCUCGGACCUGGGCAUCUUCGCGACGCCCUGGCAGAAGAUCGUGAGCGCAACCGAAUCCAUCGCCGCAUCGCAUGCGCAUCUGGCCUCCCGGAUCGAGGCCGACGUCGAACGACCCCUUCGCGACUUCUCUGCCAACAACCGGGACGUGCAGGGCUUCGGCAACAUCCAGGGGAACCUCUCGGCAAUCGCAAAAGACAUCGACACGGCGCAGAAGAAGCAAAGCAAGCUUCGUGAUAAGGGAUCGAAGGCCAAAGCUUCCGCCGUUGCCGACGCCGUACAGGAUAUCGAGAAGGCAGAGCUGCAAUGGGACUCGCAGGCGCCCUACGUCUUCGAGCAGCUCCAGGCCAUUGACGAGACCCGCCUGAACCACCUGCGCGAUGUGCUCACACAAUUCCAAACGCACGAGGUAGACCAGGUAGAGCGGAGUAGAACUACCGCCGAAGAGACUCUGAAUGCCAUGUUGAACAUUGAAACCGCCGAUGAAAUACAAACGUGGGCGUUGCGAAUGCGGAGCGGAGAUGCACCCCAGCCUUCGCGGAAACCAAGCAACCCACCAACUCCUUCGCGCACCCUAGCACCCCCAGCUUCUGGACCAACAUCCCCUACCGCAGUUGAUGACAACCGCAGCCAGAAGAGUGGCUCUGUGCCGGAGAAACACAGCUCCAACCCCCUCAAGCGAUUCGGCACGGUAUUGGGGAGAAGGAGACAAAGUGCGCAUCCGUACGGCCGAGCGCAAUCACCAGAGCGACAAUCUUCCUCAAACCUGGGCUCGGCAUUCAGUGGAUUUGGCAAGGGCAAAUCGAAAAAGGGAGACAACCAGGGCCCAUCGCUGCCUCCUACUGCGGAACGCCCGAUAUCACCUCUGCGACAAUCGCAGAGACCCAGUACUUCUCAAAGAUCCGAUUCCCAAAGCAUUACCCGCCAGGCCAGCACCGAUGUUGCACCUAAUGGCCCCACACCUGAGUCGACCGUGGAGACAGAUGCACCAGCCGCCGUCAAUGGCACCGCACCGGUUCAAGAGUCCAUACCAGAACUUAAAGAGCCACUUCCGCCACCGCCAGUCACAGAGACGCAGCCAGAGCCCGAGAAAGAUGCCGAGGGUUUUUCUGUGCCUCCAUCGGCCCUUGAUGCCAUCACCGAAGCCGAGAGGGAAGCAGGGUUGGCACAAAACGACGGCAACGCACCGCCCCAGUUCAAGCUCGAUAUCAGAAAUGCUCCGAUCCAGGAAGAAGAUGGAGAUGCUGAUGCGGCUACCGCCAACCUGGUCAACAUGCUGCGCACACAAGCUGCCCAGCCAAAGCGGUCAAGCACGUUGCGUGGUCGCCGAGAUGUUCGUAACACGAUAUUCGUACCAAACCCCGCAGCACCCGAGCUCCAAAGCAUAGGCGAAGUGCCUCCGCUCCCAACGAGCGAUUCUGGUCUCGCUUCUGGCCCCGGUUCAGCAACAUUCCCUGCCCCUGCUAUUCCUCCCCAACCCGCAUCUCCAGCUUUCAAGCCUCAUCGCGCAUUGCUGUCAGACGACCACCCAGCAUCGGAUACGCAAUCCAUUCGAUCGGGCCGAUCGCUAAGCAGUUCCGCUAGCACCACGAUCAGACAUCCGGACCUGCAUGAACCAGGGCUCAAUGCGUCGCUAGUGGAGACCGUCAGCGCCUGGUUCGAGCAGGGUAACGUUACCAAGGCCAUGGUAAUCGGGCAGGUCGCGCUCGCGUACAACCCCGUCGAUGUCUCUGCCGGUCCAUUGGGCACCGAGAGCAUCCGCCUGGAGAACUUCCCCGUGCUCGAGAAGGUAGCGCCCAACCCUGCCUUCAUCGAGCAGUCAACAGAUAGCCCAGGCAACUACACCGUUGACCUAUCGAAGAUUAUGAAGACAUCAGUCGCCUUCCAUUACCAGCUUCACAUCGAAGACAGCAACAUAGCAUCCCUCCCACCACUCAUCCUGUCACCAGCCUGGAAGUCAGAACCCACACAAACCUCCGCCAUCCUCAACUACUCCCUCAACCCCCGAUUCGAACUCGGCGGCGCAACCAGCAUCACCAUCCGCAACCUCGUCCUCGUAAUCCGCCUUGAACCCGGGUCCAAAGCAACAUCCUGCCAAUCGAAACCCACGGGUACCUUCUCGCGCGACAAAGGCCUCAUCUACUGGCGCCUAGGCGACGUGACCCUCUUCAAAGACUCCGCUCCCCAAACUCUCCGCGCCCGCUUCAUCACCGACGGCCAAGCUAAACCCGGUAACACAGAGGCCCGCUGGGAGAUCAGCGACGAGCAGUCAUUGACUCUGGGAAGUGGUCUGGGCGUCAGCAUGAGUGCGCCACUGAACGCGAAGAAGGACGAUGGCGAAGCGGACCCGUUUGCGGAUGCAGAGGAGAAUGCGCCGCCUAGUCCGGCGAUUGGCUGGAAGCCUGUCGCCACUGUGAAGAAGAUUACCAGCGGGACUUAUCUGGGUGUGUAG